CUGAGCAUCUUUCAAAAACCAACAACUGCUAACAGUCUGGUGACCUGAAGGAGACAUCUCUGCAGUUUCUGAUCAGAAAAAGGGGAGAAUUUCCAGUUUCCUCUUUGAUAAAGUUGUCCAACUAACUACUAACUACAAGUUCAUCCCUAAACUGAACUCAACUUUGAAAAGACUGGAGAUAAAAGUUGAGGAUUUGGAGGAAGAGUUUGGCCUGACGUGAUGUCUUCUGAGGAGACAGCGAUGUUCAGACUCAUGAGUCAUGAAGAUGAAGCAGCAGUCGGAGGCCAACAGCUGGAUGGACCGCCGAAGACUGUGAAGAAAGCUCACGUGUGUCAGCAGUGUGGGAAGAAUUUCAGCCAAUUAGGAGGCUUGAAAUGUCACCUACGCAUCCACAGCGGGGAAAAGCCUUUUCCCUGUGACCAGUGUGGGAAGCAGUUCAGGACCAGGGGACAACUGAAAAGCCAUCUGCGCACCCACACAGGUGAACGGCCUUACACCUGUCAGGUCUGUCAGAGGAGCUACAAGGAAUUGGGGCACCUGAGGCGUCACCAGAGCAUCCACACGUCGGAGGAGCCGUUUGUGUGCCGGGUGUGCAGGAGGAAUUUCAGGCUAGCAGACUCUCUGAAGCGUCACAAGAAGAUUCACCAGAGAGAAAAGCUUUACAUCUGGAGCAGAAAGCAGAGGAUGCAGCUGCUGAACAACCACUGGCCUCAAUAAACAUCUGCAUCAAGUCAA